AUGACAAUCUGUAUCAAACGUAAGAUUACGGUAUUCGUACUGCUACAGUACGCUACGGUUUUGGUUGCUCAGUACACGCCUUGCAAUGGUAAGAGAAAUUUUGAAUGAUGCAAGCCCUAGCCCUGACCAUGGCUUUAGCCUUAUAUCUAGCCCUAACCAAAAUCUUAGCCCUAGUCUUAGCCCUAAUACCAGCCCAAGUUCUAGCCACUGUCCUAGCCUUAACUUAUCCCUAGUUUAAAUUUUAGGAAAAUCACCAUUAGGCGAAACGUGUGACAGAGAUGAAGACUGUGACAAUAAAGGAUCAAUUUGCUUAAGGAAUAAAUGUCAAUGCCAUCCUUAUUACGAAGCCAGGACUUCUAAAGACUACCCUAGAGGAAAAUGCGUUCGCCGUGAGUUUCCGACUAUUUUUCUGUAAUUUUUAAAUAAACCUCUUACUAGACAAUUGUACUCAAUAAGAGUACUUAAACUUUUUCAAACUAUACUUAGUACUGGUAUUUACACCCCUAAAUAUUCACACGCAAAGUCAUUUAAAUUUUGCACUUUAUUUAUGACAUCAUAUUAAUAUAAUACAUGAACUGUCAUUAGCACACCUAGUGCAAGAUCUAAGAACAUUCACAUUUUAUUGUCUUAUGUAAGUUCUCUGAAUUAUAGCACCAAAAAUUCUGUAAUACGUUUCUGAGCAGCAUUUAGCUAGCUUAAAUUUUUUGCGUACAAAUCUAAGCGCUUUUUAGGGCAUUAAAUUUAGUUUUUCUUGAGAAUAUUUAGCUAUAUUAGACUAAAAACCUUAAUUUUACAACAUGUCAUCAUUUUUUAAUUUUUGAAAAUUUUGCAAAAAAAUUAAUUUUAAACCUUUUCAAGAGAAUUUUUUAAAAUUUAAAACACGUACAGCCAUAAACUUGCAAAAAACGAAUUAUUACUUAUCACAUAAAACAUGCAAAUUAACAAAUGUUUAAUACGUUUUAGUGCCUUCGCGAAUCGGAGAAGAGUGUACGACCAAAUGCCGUGAGCCACUGUUCUGCAGAAACGGUAGAUGUCAGUGCGUGCAGCGAGGCUCAACCAGCGUUCAGAACGGCGUUUGUGUUACUGGUAAGAUUAAUAUUAUUCUGCUCUAACUUUAUUUUUUUUAUUCCCUACUGUGUUGCAACCUACCCUUCGGUAUAAGAAAUGGGCCAAAAGCUCUACUACGAUUGCGUCUGACCAAUCUUAAACUAAAAUUAAAACGGGCUAGGCCUAAAAGUUGAGCGCGGGCCUACGGCGGGCAUCGAAAUAGGGUCAUUUUUGCCCUUCUCAUCCCUGCCUAUUCUACACUACCCUUCCCUACUAUACUGAACCCUAUCUUUUGACUUACGGCGGGUCGGGCUUGAAUGGUAAGCCCAAUACCAAUUUUUUUUGGCCGGACCGCGCCUAAACAAGCCUCGGGUCUAAGUCGGGCCUCAAAAGAGCCCAGUCUUUGUAUCACCCCUACCUAUUCCAUCCUACCCUCAAGUUUUACAAAUUCAUGCCCUACAGUAACCCUACCAUACUGUAAAAAUCUAUUUUUAGUGACAAAAGUAGGAGACAGAUGUUCCCGUCAUUAUGAUUGUUCAUCACCAUUUUCUGCUUGUGUUAAUCAACAAUGUACAUGCAUUGCCGGUACCGUACAACAAGGCACACGUUGUGUAGCGCCCACUAACUGCCCACUUGGUGGACAACCACAAGGAAGUUGUACUAGACGAGUUCCUUUGAGCGCUGUAAGUGUGUAAACUUAAUUUUCCAUACGUGUUUUAAUACUAGAGCAACAUGUCAUUGUAAAGUACAUAAAGUUGCUCAGAAGUAUAGUUAGAUUACCAUAUCUAUACCUAAAAUCAGUCAACUACUACAACUAAUGCAUCUUAAAAAUAAUCUUUUAAAGCCAUAACUUUCAGAUACCAAACUUUGUUCCAGAGUCAGACACCUGUCCGUCCGGCUACUACUGUGUGACAACUCCAGAGUCCCACUCUGGCCACUGUUGCCCACAAAAAUGCCCCCUCGGGACGGCCGUAGACACCCAGUAUACUUGUGUACCUGGUGGAGUCGAAAAGAUUUUAGGCAAUUUAACUUUGACUCAAAAGCAAUGUCCAAGUGACACACAUUACUGCCAUUAUUUGGCUGGUGAUAGUUUUGCUCAAGUAAGUCAAAAUUUUUUAAAAAAUUUACUGCUCUACUCUACUAUUUGCUACCUUCUCCUAAUCUAUUAUAUGUUGCGUUGCCCUACCCUACCAUAUGCUACUCUACCUUGGUCUAAACUACCCUCUAAACCUUAACAAUUGCAGGCAGUAUGUUGUAAACGACCAUGCAACUCCAUGGCGCCAGAAGCCCUCUACCUAAACGGUGAAUGCGUAGCCCGAGGGCAAUUAAACUCGGCGUGUCAGAUUCAUGAACAAUGUGGAGCAGCUGAAGGCAUGGAAUGCAAAGAUGGCCAAUGCACGUGUUCAGACGGAUUUAAACCCCAUUUGGAUGCCAUUACAAAUCCAAUCCACAAUCCUAGCCAAACUUGCUCUAGGGAGUGCGAAAAAGUAAGGCAAUUUUUUUGAUUGUACCCCGCCCGGAAUAAGAAAUAUUGAAAUAAUCACCCCGCCCAACCAAAAAAAAUUUAUCACCAAAAAUUUCCCAAAUCCUUUUUCCUUUCUCUUUUUUCACUCCCACCUCCAAAAAAUUUACCCCACCCCAUAAAAACCCUGAAAACAAAAAGAUCUACUACAAUAUCGUUGCAGGACAUGUUAAGCCGAGACACGGCCUGUUUUGCCAAGACCCAAUUGGGUGGCCAAUGCUUCGUACAAGAACAGUGUCCACCCAACUCGGGCUGUUACAGAGGACGCUGUAUGUGCAGAUGUGGAUAUAAACAAGCUUCGAACAACAAGUGUGUCGAGCUGCCACCUCCAACUACGCAGACACCUCCUCAGGGUAGGUUUAAAAUUUUUGCGUUCAAUGCUUUUUGAGCACCCAGGGUUAAUAGCAGAGAUACUAGGAUAGCUUAAACUCUUAAAGAAAGGUUAAAAAUAUUUUCUUUGUCGCACCGCUAGAAGCACAACCUCAGCAAGUACCGAUAGCUUAUAUAAGCCAUAAGCCAGACUUUUACGUACUAUAUAGCAUAAUACGUACUUUUAAAGCUAAAAAUUGUUUCCCUAUUUUAGAAAAGAAUACUUUACCACCCCCAGAUCCCAAAGACACGCUGUUGUGUGUUCUAAACAAGUUCCUUGGAGUUAAAACCCGAGCUGAAGCUGGCUGUAGUUUUAACGUUCCUAGAGUUUUCAACGUAUAAAAAUAUUUAUAAACCCACUUUUUAAAUUGUAUCUACCCAGCACUUACUUAUAUCUUUCAAAUUUUGCACUGUACACUUCCUUAGCCUAGCCUAAGUUACCUUAACGUACCAUACCCUGCUUUACCCCACUUCACACUACGCUACAUACCUUUUUAACUUUACCCUAUAAAAAUCAUACUGUAUACAGUACUACAGUAACCCUAUUUGCCUCAAAUUUUCUACUUUAAACUCAAAAAUUUUUAAUUUUGCAUCUUCAACACAACACAUGACUAAUAUUUUACAUUUGCAGUAAUCCCACAAGUCCCAGGUUUGCCGACCGGUAAGAACUUGUUCAGUUUGUUCAACGACUUUUUGAACGGCGGUGGAGCUGGCAUGGCUGGCUAG